ACCCUAGAUUGGCAGAAGGUUCCAUACAACAUAAGAAACACAUCUACAAAUUAACCAUGAAGCAUCUUUGGCUCACAUUAGCUUUUCUAUUGGCUUUGGCAACUUGCAAAGCUGAUGAAGAAAUUACUUGCGAAGAGAACCUGCCAUUCACAUGUGGUCAAACUGAUCGUUUCAACAGUAGCAGUUUCGAGAAAGACUUCAUCUUCGGUCUUGCAUCUUCUGCUUACCAGAUCGAAGGUAGCAUAAAUCGUGGAGUUAACGUUUGGGAUGGCUUCACUCACCGAUUCCCACAUAAAGCAGGACCCGAUCAUGGAAAUGGAGACACUACUUGUAACUCAUAUUCGUACUGGGAGAAAGAUAUAGAGGUGAUGGAUGAACUCAAAGCUACUGGCUACAGAUUCUCCAUUGCCUGGUCAAGAAUCAUUCCAAGAGGAAAGAGGAGCAGGGGAGUACACCAAGGAGGUAUUAACUACUACCACGGACUCAUAAAUGGCCUCAUCGAGAAGGGUAUAACGCCUUUAGUUACGCUCUUUCACUGGGACCUUCCUCAAGUACUACAAGAUGAUUAUGAAGGUUUUUUGGACCCUCAGAUCAUAGAUGAUUUCAGAGAUUUCGCGGAUCUAUGUUUUGAAGAAUAUGGUGAUAAAGUAAAGCACUGGUUCACAAUCAACCAGCUCUACUCAGUGCCUACGAGAGGCUAUGGAUUAGGAUCAGAUGCACCUGGUCGAUGUUCUCCAAAGGUUGAUUCUACAUGUUACGCCGGAAAUUCUUCAACGGAACCCUAUAUUGUUGCACAUAACCAGCUCCUUGCUCAUGCCACGGUGGUCGAUCUUUACAGGACAAAAUAUAAGCAUCAAGGAGGUAAGAUUGGACCUGUGAUGAUAACUAGAUGGUUUCUUCCAUAUAAUGACACUGAUCCAGACUCCAUAGCUGCAACCGAGAGGAUGAAAGAAUUCUUCUUGGGAUGGUACAUGGGGCCGCUAACAAAUGGUACAUACCCUCAAAUCAUGAUAGACACUGUGGGUGAGCGGCUGCCAUCGUUCACUCCAGAGGAAUCCAAACUCGUAAAGGGUUCAUAUGAUUUUCUUGGUCUCAACUAUUACUUCACUCAGUAUGUCCAGCCAAGUCCUAAUCAUGUUGAUUCGGAUGGUCACACUGCCAUGAUGGACGCUGGCACAAGGCUCACAUAUCGUAAUGCAAGUAAUCAUGCCAUUGGCCCAGUGUUCACUGAACACAAAGAUGACGAGACCAAAAACACCUAUUACUACCCAAAAGGCAUUUAUUAUGUGAUGGAUCACUUCAAAACCAAUUACAAUGACCCUGUAAUCUAUAUAACCGAGAACGGAUUCAGUACCUCCGGUGAUGAAACCCGUGAGGAGGCUAAGUUUGAUUACAGGCGGAUUGAUUAUCUCUGCAGUCAUCUCUGUUUCCUCAGUAAAGUCAUCAAGGAGACAGGUGUCAAGGUGAAAGGAUACUGUGCGUGGUCUCUUGGGGAUAAUUAUGAAUUCGGGCUAGGAUUUACCGUCAGAUUCGGACUCACUUACAUUGACUGGAACAAUGUCACUGAUAGAGAUCUCAAAGAGUCUGGCAAAUGGUAUAAGAAGUUCAUUGCAACCAAAAACCUUGCAAAGCCAAAUUUUCUGCGCUCCAGCCUCACCUUUGAGAAGAAGAAGUUCGCAGAUGCAUGAAAGAUCCAAUCCACUAUAUUUACCUCAUCAAGAUCAUCUCAUGUUCCCUCUUUCUACUUGCUCCAUAGAUAAGGAGCUUCAUCUACCUACCACUGUAUACUAAAUAAAAAAUCUCAAUAAAAGAAAAUAUGGAUUUGGGAUAA